AUGGUCACACAGAGAGUAAAAGAAUCCAAGCUGGAUCUCGAAAGACUGCGACAUGAGACUGAGAUUGUCGGCUACCCAAUCCUGCCUUUGGUUCGUCAGCUUUCAGCCAUCUGCGGCGAGGAAGCUGGUAAAUAUGUGCACUGGGGUGCCACGACUCAGGAUAUCAUGGACCUUGCAAGUGUGUUACAGAUGAAGGAGGGGUUGGAUAUCGUUGAGAGACUUCUCAAGGACGUUAUCAAGACUCUGCGCGAACUGUCGGAGAAAUACAAGGAUACCCCGAUGGCCGGACGCACUCACUUGCAACAUGCACUACCGGUGACUUUUGGCUAUAAGUGUGCUGUGUGGCUUUCUGGGUUUCAACGGCACCUGCAGCGCCUGGAACAACUCCGAGAACGCACUUUGUUAGUGCAAUUCGGUGGCGCGGCAGGCUCGCUUGCUUCUUUGGGCUCUGGUGACGAUGGUCUUCGAGUAAGGAAGGCUCUGGCAAAGGAGCUUGGCUUGAACGAUCCUUCAAUUACAUGGCACGUUGCGCGAGACGGUGUGGCAGAAAUUGCGAAUUUCCUGGCCCUCAUGGGCGGCUCAAUGGGCAAGGUGGCCUUGGAUGUUAUGAUCAUGUCAUCCAAUGAGCUGAGCGAGGUCUCUGAGCCAUUCGUUCCUCACCGUGGUGCCUCUUCAACUAUGCCACAGAAGCGCAAUCCGAUUUCUAGCGAGGUUAUCUUGGCCGCCUCGAAAAUUCUUCGGUCCAAUGCAGGCCUUGUCCUCGAUGGGAUGGUGGCUGACUUUGAGCGUGCAUCUGGUCCUUGGCACUUGGAGUGGGUUGCUGUCCCAGAAAGCUUCGUCAUUGCUGUUGGGGCACUCUCACAGACUCACUUCGCGCUCUCGGGUCUCUCUGUCAACACUGGGCAGAUGCUGGAGAACCUUCAUUCAACCAAGGGAUUGAUUGUAGGCGAGGCAGUGAUGAUGGGCAUGGCGCCGCAUGUGGGCCGCCAAAGAGCUCAUGAUAUUGUCUACGAGGCUUGCAAAGAGAGUAUUGAGAAGAAACGGACUUUGCUGGAGUGUCUCACAGAGAAGGAAGAGGUUACAUCGAAGAUGAGCCAGGAGAGACUGGCCCAGCUGUGUGAUCCAGUCAACUACCUAGGUGCUUCGUCGCGGAUGGUGGACGAUGUGCUAGCAAUCAAAUAG